UUCUGACCGCUGGGGUAUGAAGUGACUAUUUCCGUCUUAAUCAGCGGUAAACCGAAAAAGGUCACGCGACAAACAUAUCCCCGCCUUCCCGCAGUGUAGCUGACGAGUUUCCCUCGACAGGGGAAGAAUCAUGAGUAUGAAUCAUCAGAAAACGCGCGCGUGCAGUCACUCGACGAGCGACGGAUCGAAAGAUAGAGAGAGAUAGAACGCGCGGAUCCGACGGCAGAGGGGGGUGACGUGAAUGAGUAUGCGUGUGUCGCGAGGGGGGGAGGGAUCAAUCGUCGCGAGUUUUUAAUCGAACACGCGUGUGUAUCGCGCGCGCGCGCGUUCGCUCGGUUGCACGUUGCGCAACGCAGAACGUCCCGUUAGCGCGGAAACGCACGGUGAGUUUUCUAUAAAUAGCGGUAUGCAAACUUGUCCGCCUUGGCGGACGCACGCGCGCCGAGAUUGUUCCGCGAUGAAUAUGAGAAGAGAGAGAAAGAUACGAGUGUAGCGUAGGUCCGAUGUUAGUGGCCGUUACAACAAUCGGUUCUUUCACGAGUGCUGGUUCUCGGACGAGAAGGAGGCGUAUUGCUGAGAGUGAGUGUCAAAAGAAACUUCAGUCACCUCGGUGUACGAUAAAACGCGGGUCUCUCCACGUCAUCUUCACGAGAACCAGUGUUAUCUUGUCGUGCUACACGAACCAGUGCGAGUAAUUUUUCGAGCGAAAAAUCGCUGGCGGGUAGGGAGGAGGAAUACCAGAAAUAGGAAUCCAUCGGGAGAGAAGGACCGCAGCUGUCCUUCGGGGGAGAGAGAAGACUAUUUUUAGCUGCAAUUUUGGACACAUAUGCUCGCCGGCAGCCCUUUUGCCUCACCAACCAGGAACGAAUAACCUCCGGCUGUGUCACCUAUGAGUAAACCGGGCUAAGUUGGUUCCCAAAUUUACACGCUACAGAGAGCUGCUCUUCACCUCGCUCGAUGUGUUUCGUUCUUCGACAGGAAAAUGGAGCACGAGCAACAUCACUACGAGUUGCGCAGCGGGAGCAGGUCGCGCUCGCACACUCCCAUGGUCCCGAGCCGUCCUUUGCCAGAUGUGGAGGUGACGGAGCAUCACUAUGAUCUCAGAAGCAGGAGCCGGGAAAGAUCCCACACACCUGGAGAAGUAACAAGCAGCAGAAGAUCCGGUUCCAGAUCGUUAACCGGGAGUAGCACCAAAAUGCACGAGAAAAAUAUGGAGACCAUAGAGGAGAACAAGGAGGAAGGAUCCGUGGUAGAAAGUGUGACGGAUAAUCAGAGCACAAAGUCAGAGAGCUCGAUCCCGAGGAAAGCCGAGCGACGGUCAGAGCGCCAAAGAGCCAAGAGGCAGAUAUUUGCCAACGGUCAAAGUGAAAAUAAGGAGGACACGUCUGAUCAGAAGGUUGAGCGAAAACACAAAAGUGUUACAUCGCACAGGAUACUUACUAGUGAUUAUUCGUCCGAAGAAGGAGAAAGGGAGGAUCCUCCGAGUAGACCGGGAUCUGCUUAUGAGAUCUACAAGCAAGCUGGUGAAUGGUGGAACGUUUUUCCAAAGACAGAUUAUACGUAUUCGCGAGCAUCGCAGUGUCGUUAUGAAAUAGCUCCGGGUGUGUUAGCUAUGCCUAAUAUGUCGAGGCGGUCUAUACACACGGACGACAGUGGGAAUAAUUUUGCACCUCAAAGCUCCAGUCAGGCUUCACGAAGAACGACAGAGAGUGGAUUCAGUGACACUGUAGAUACAGUCGAUUUGAAAGAGACCGGUCCCCUACUUCGUUCGUCUGAAGAUAUUUUGCGUACAUCGGAUUCCGUAAGAAGGUCGGCUAUAUACAAGAAAACACAUGUGGAACAGUAUAUGAGUCAUAAGGAAGUAGUUUAUACCGAUUCUGGAAGUUCAGGUCUUCAACAAAGAUAUACCUCGUGGUUUAGUACUCCUUCAAGAUACACUGAUGUACAUAAUGUAUCUCAAUAUGAUUCUGAUGCUGAAUUUGAUAAAAUCAUGACAUCGUCGGUGGUCAAGGCUAAUCAAAGAUGGAAAAUUGUACAGUGGUUUACGUAUUUCGUUACUUUCGUUGUCGUUUGGUUCAUGAAAACCACCGAAUUUUUCAAGUUCCGUACUGACAGAAGGAGCCAGUAUUACGAUGCGCAAACUUAUCGCUAUUUUCACGAAUCCAGAUGGAGCACAUUGAGGAAAACGGUGGAACAUUAUUCGCGCAACAUAUACUUCUUCAUCGCCAGAUUGUUUCUCUUCGACACUUGGUUGCUGAGCCAAUUCACCGGCGUCAGGAAGUGGUUGCAGGAAAAAACCCCGAGGAUUAUCUGGAUUGCCCUUAUACCGUUACUUCUUCUACUCGGUUGUUGGUGGUUGGCGGAAUAUUUAUCACUAUUUCCCGUUGGAAACGUACCGGAAAUGGAAAAAGUAUCGGCUGGUAUGGUACAAUGGAAGAACCGUAAGAGCAGAGAGAUUAAAGGGAAAUUGGGCGAUGCCUUGAUCGGUAGGAUAGCGACGCUCGAAGAGGAACAGAUACAUCAGAUGGAACAUCUCAUGAACAUCACUCGGAUCUUGGAGGACUAUAAACGAAGCGAUGCUGACUUUCAGAAAAAAUACAACGACAUAAUCGCUGACGUAGCAAAUAAACAGGACGUUAGCGAACUGAGUGGCAUUCUGAGCAACGAGCUGAAAGUUAUCAAACACGAGUUCGAGAAGCUACGUGACCUGUACACGGAGUUGAAGUUUUGUUGCGACGCCAAUAAGGAGGCGUUCGUGAGCGAGGAUAUAGAGAAACACGUGGAGAAGAUCUUGUCCGGCUAUUUCCCGCUUGGAACCUCGAAGGAAGAUCUGACGAGGGGUAUUCAGAAGAUGCUUGCGUCCCGCGACGAUCAGGCAGUGUUGAGCGACAACGUCGGCGCUUACAUUUCGGAGGAGCGUGUCCGCAAGGUAGUGAAAGAGAUCCUGCGGAUAUACGACGCGGAUAAGACAGGUCAAGUGGAUUAUGCUUUGGAAUCAGCAGGUGGUCAGAUCAUCAGCACGCGAUGCACCCAGAGAUACGACAUAAAGUCGAAAGCUUUCAGCUUAUUCGGCUUCACGCUGUACUAUGAGAGCAACAAUCCGCGGACGGUGAUUCAGGGCAACGCGCUGCAACCCGGCGGAUGCUGGGCGUUCCAAGAUUUUCCCGGAUACCUCUUGAUACAAUUGCGCUGCGUUAUUCACGUGACCGGCUUUACUUUGGAGCAUGUAUCCAGUCUGAUCCUGCCGAACGAGAACAUGUCAAGUGCGCCCAAGAAAUUCGAUGUCUGGGGUCUGACGGAUGAGAAUGAUCCCGAGCCUGUGAGGUUCGGUGAAUAUGAAUUUAUACUUUCCGAAGACAGCUUGCAGUAUUUCCCGGUGCAGAACACAGAGAUCAAGAGACCGUACGAAUAUAUUGAGCUGAGGAUACACAGCAAUCACGGACAACUGGACUACACGUGUCUGUACAGGUUCCGCGUUCACGGGAGAUCGGCUUAAUGAGAGAUAUCGGUCCGAUAACGCGUGCGGAGAUUCACGAGAGAGAGAGAGAGAGAGAGAGAGAGCGAGCGAGCGAGUCGCGUCGUUCGAAUCACAAUUGUCCUUUAAUACGUGCCUUCAACUACCGUUUAAUAGAACUCGACAGUCAGUGCGACGGUUACACGCCCAGCACCUGUAAUUGUACGUGAAUUAAGUCGAAUAUGUAUAACGUUUCCGUAAUGGAUUCAGCUGCAAGAUACGAAUGAUACGUUCGAUCACUGGAUGUCUGAGCGAUUUCGCGGUACACGAUGAGAAUUCACUUUUCUCGAUCGGUGAAACCGCGUCGAACGCUGUUUGUGUACAUGCUGUAGAGUAUUAAUUAAUACCGACGCGCCGAUAAUUUAUACCGAUUUAUACACACUGUUUGUUUGACUGGACUGCACAGUCGACUACGUCAGAGAUUGUCGGUGACCAUCGGUCCGAUUGUAUUCCAAAAAUAUCGCCUGUGUAUAAAUCGAUGCCUGUAUCAUGGCCUUGCUAGUAGUUUAGAUAAAUAAAAAGCGCAUUGAAAGAAAGAAUAGGAGGCAGUUUCAUACGUAACUCUCGAUACAAAGGACACGAUAUCGAUCGAAAGGAUCGAAAAAAAAAGCAUAAUUUUUCCAUUGAUAUGAUUCGAAAGAGAAUUGUUUCUAUUCUUUGAAGGGGAGAAAGAGACGGGGAUGUGUUCGAAACGAUCAUUUGUCAUCACAUGACACAAAUCCGGCAGCGUCACGUGUAAGACUGACACUUCAAAAGUUACCCCAAAGCAAAGUGUGAGUCAUAAUACUUGUAAUAAUGCGACACAGUACAAAUUCUAAGGAACACUAAUUAAAUACUAGAAUUAAGAAAUAUAGAAUUAAUUGAUCUUUGUAGAUUAAGUUUGUGUAUCGCGCCGCGGGCGGUUUUUUUCUCGUUACAGCCGAAAAGCAAAUCAUCAGCCUUUCUUCAUGAGAGUUUGACGUUCGAUGCGUAACUCUAAUAUAUACUUUAAUUGUGUGUGUGUGUGUGUGUGUGUGUGUGUGUGUGUGUGUGUGUGUGUGUGCAUAUAUAUAGGCAUCUCCGAUAAGUUUUGCCGCAAUAUGUUUUUUGUCCGAUUUCGGCUACUUUUACGACACAUUCUUGCGCUUCCCUCCUUUUAAAUUGCGAUGCGUAUGUCUAUUUCGACGAGAUCCGGCGGAAAUCUAUCUGCGAGUAUGAUUUCACCCGUCUUUUGCUUCAUGGUACUUAGCGUCGUGAGGAAUGUCGGCGAAUUGAACUAUCAAGAACGCGCCCGGUUUUAACAACAUCGAGAGAAGCGAUCUUUUUUACCAUCUUCGUAUGUGUUAAUAGAAUUUUUACAUUUGCAAAUAAAAAGUUGUAUUGCACUCAA